CGAGAUGCGAAAGAUUUGUGAAAGCCAGGGAUGUGACGAGCCAUUGCGAAAGUCAAAGAAUGACAGCGAAGGAUCUUUGAAAGUGCCGCUUGGUCGAUCCUUCCUGCUGCCGUCGUCUUCAUAUCAUACAAGUACAAAAACAGAGCUGCACUACACUACACCAUUCCAUCCAAUUCAAUUCAUUACUCAUAACAACAACAGCAACUACUAGCUAGAACUACAACAACAACUACUAAACCAUGUCCUCUAUUCCUGCGACCAGUCUACUACGACGACGCUUGCAUCAUUCGUCUACUAGUAAUGGAAUCCGAAGAAUACUUUCCACACCAACAAGAGCAAGAGCCAGUAGAUCACUGAGUACAUUUUCAUCGUACGAGUAUCCCAAUCGUACCGAAGCUCCCGAAGUGACUCGGACCAUUGCCAAAGAAGUGGGUGACAAAGUCCUAGAACGAGGAAGUCCCCUAACUCCCGAGACGGUCCAUGCGAGAGGCGCCGACGACGAUGAUCGCUUUGACGAUCUUGGGCGAUUGAGUGCGCAAGAUCGACUCGCCACGAAAUCCAAAUUACCGCCUCUCAAUACCACGUUGUCCGGCGCCACGGCCAUUGAACCCACGGCGCCCGCCUAUAUUCCCGUCUUGUCGUCACAUGACAAAUUAAAAGUUCCCACAACGGAAAUUACGUGCCUGGCAAAUGGCAUGCGAGUCGUCUCCCAAGAAACCUACGGCCAAGUGAGUACGGUCGGAGUGGUGGCCGAUGUCGGGAGUCGUCACGAACCGCAAUGGGGUGUCGCACAUUUAUGGGAACUCGUCGCCUUUGGUGCUACGCAGCGACACAGUAGUGGAUUGGAAAUUCAAGAAUUGUUGCAAGAUUGGGGUGGUACGCGUUUUGUCAAUACAGGACGAGAACAAUCACUCGUUUGUAUUGAUAUUCUACGACCCAAUGUCGAAAAAGCCGUUCAAUUGCUCCAAGCCGUACUCCUCGAACCCAAAUUUCUACCGGAAGAAGUGGAAGAUGCCAAACGAACCAUGGAAUUUCAAUCGCUCGAUUUACCACCCGAAUUGCAAAUGGAAGAAGCACUCCAAACGGCCGCGUACGGAUUGGAUCAGCAAUUGGGAAAACCACAUUACUGUCCCAUGGAACACUUGUCCACAUUAAAUGCCGACGUCUUGCGCAAUUUCUGGAAUCACAAUGUCUUGGCGCAUCCACAAGAUAUUGUCAUUGGCGGUGCCGGAAUUGGCCACGAGCAACUCGUCGAUUUGACACUCCAAUAUUUUGGUGACUGGCCAUCGGCUGCUGUCGACAGUAAAAGUGCACAACAAUCCGUCCGCACUAAACCCAGUCUCUAUCGAGGAGGACAAUGCUUUUUGGAAAAACCAUCGUCGGAUGGAUUCACACGGGUGGCACUGGCAUUUGAAUUGGAUGGAUGGCAUUCGGAAGAUCUCGUUCCUACGUGUGUCCUCCAAACACUCCUCGGUGGUGGCAAUUCAUUUUCCGCGGGUGGACCCGGCAAGGGCAUGUACUCGCGGCUCUACCGACAAGUCUUGAAUCGAUAUCAAUGGGCCGAAUCGGCCGAAGCAUUUACCAGUAUUCAUGCCGAAUCCGGACUCUGGGGCAUUACCGGGAGUAGUCAACCCAAACAUUCGCGGGAUGUCAUUCAUGUACUGGCGGAUCAUCUCGCACGGCUCUCCAUGGAAUUGGUGACCGACGAAGAAUUGGAUCGAGCUCGUAACAUGCUCAAAUGCAAUGUCUUGACGCAACUCGAAUCACGAUUGGUCCUCUUUGAAGACCUUGGCAGACAGGUAUUGACAUAUGGACAUCGAGAAGAUAUGGAUACCACUUGUCGUAAAAUUGAUGCCGUCACCAAGGAAGAUUUACAAGAAUUGGCACGCAAGGCUAUUCAGAAACCACCCACACUGGCCGCGGUCGGAGAAGGACUCGACAAGUCCAAUAUUCCCAGUCAAGAAGAAGUGGCACGGUGGUUUCAAGGAAUAUAGUAUAGUAUAGUAGUUCGUAAGGUAGAAAAUAGGAUUUUAAAUGUAGAAAAGAGUUCAAGUAGUU